UCCGCCGUGUCAGCAGGCCAACAUGGCGGACAGCAGUCGAGAGGAAAAAUUGGCUGCUGCUCGCAAGAAGCUGAAGCAGUUUCAGAAGAAAUCGGGGAAAACACCUUGCAAUUCACCUGCCGGAGAGAAACCAAAAACCAAGAGACAGACAACUGUAGUGGAGAAUAAGAAGUAUGAGGAGGGCAAGAAAAGUAAUGGGAAUCAUUCUUCUGAGGUCAUUGCCAAUUCUGAAUCUCAUAACCAGUCUGUGGACCAUGUGGAAGCUGUUCCCAUGUCAGUGAAUGCAGGCAGCCUCAGUCCUCCCCCAUCCACAGACACCCCAGACCAAUCUGUGUACAGCACACCACCUCUCAAUGAUUCCAACCACAGACCCACUGCUUCUACAGAGAGUCUUCAACAACUCUCCAGACAGAUCAAUGGCCUUUUGUCACAGUCUGAUGCCUAUGUGAAUGGGACAAUUGGCGACAAAUAUGAUAACACUGUUGGCGAAUUGGAGGCUAGAAAUCGUGAACUCGCAGCAUUAUUAGAAAAACACAGCCAAAGUAACCGGCAGCUUGCAAUGCAUAUACAUGAGCUGAAAAAACACAACACGUCACUGCAGCAACAAGUGCAGGAGGAGAGGGGAGGCUUUGAGGAACGACAGAGGAAAGAGCUGGGGGCUUUAAAAGAACAACUGCAGGUUCAUAUCCAAACCAUAGGCAUCCUGGUUGCUGAGAAGACAGAGCUACAGUCUAGUGUAAACCAGAGUCAGCGCAUGGCUCAACAGAGGCUCACUGAGAUAGAGGAGCUCUCUGGGCGUCUGAAGGCAUCGAGACAGCGGGUGGCUGACCUUGAGCGGGACUUAUCGUCAAUCUCUACAUCUAGUCAACAGUUUGAAAAGUCCUCAAAAGAAUACUCUAAGGAAAUUGAUAGACUAAAGCUUGACCUCUACAAGCUCAAUAAAACAAGCGAAGAGACGAAGCAGCAGAACUCUGAACUUCAAGAAAAGCUCCAUUCCAAAGUAUCCGAGUGCUCAGGCCUAGAACAGGCAGUGCAGGAUCUGAAGAGCAAGUUGGAGAUGACAGAGGUUUACGUACAGCAGUUGUCAAAUAAAGAGGGAUCGACAGACACCAACCUUCUGGAAAAACUCCAAGAAGAAAAAAUAUCUUUACAAACCAAGGUGGAUCAGUACGCAGAGUCAUUCCAGAAGUUAACAACCGAGAGGGACCAACUUGCCGAACAAUAUCAACAGUAUAUUAACCAGUUACAGCAGCAACAACAGCAGCUAGUCAGCCAGAUCAAUGUAUUGACUGAAGAGAAAGAGAAGCUGUUGCUAAGAGAGCAGGAGUUGGAAGCUGCAUUGAAGACAGCCCAGGAGAAAGCAGAAGCUCAGGCACAGAAGGCAGAGGAACUUAAUGACCAAUCAAAGCCAGCAGAAGUAGCGAGUCCUGAGGUGCUGGAACAAAUCGAGAAGUUGAAGGUGGAAUAUGACGCCCUUUCACGGAAGUAUCAAACUCAGGUUAAUGACAACUCACAGCUAAGCAGGUUGAUAAGCGAGAAAGAAGGAAGAAUCAUGGAACUGGAAAGCACCUUGUCCAGAGUUGGGGAGGACUCUAUAGACAAAGAUGAACUGUUAGAGAGCAUGCAGAGUGACAAGGUGGCCCUGAGUAGGGCAAUGGCACAAAAUAAGGACCUGAAACAGCAGCUAGCUGAAUUGCAAAAUGGUUUUGUAAAGCUGAGCAAUGAAAGCAUGGAGCUGACCACUGAUUUACAGUCAGAGAAACAUGUGUCCCGUGAACUGGCCACCAGACUCUCCCAGCAGGAGGACGAACUCAAAGAGAUACGAGAACAUUUAGCUGACAAAGAGCAUGAGUUACAGCACUUGAAGCAUCUGAGCGUGCAGCACUACCAGCACGAGCAGCUGGAGGACAGAAUGCGACAUUACGAGGCUCAGGGGACGUUGGUGGAGAACUUGCAGAGAGAUUUAGCUGCUGCUCAGGAUGCCAUCAAUGCCCUGACCUCCCAGAACAGCGACCUCAGAACCAUGCUGGCAAAAUCCCAGGAGAAAGAGAAAGAACUGGGAAAUAUCACCACGGCAGAUGGCGUCAGGAAAGACGAUGUGGUUGCCUCCUUGUCAGCUUCCAUACAACAGUUAGAGAUGGAAAGAAACCAGAUCCUACAGCAAUAUGAAGAGGAGCAAGAGAAACAUUACCAAGCUAAGAAGAAGGCGGAACAAGCAGAAAAACAGAAAGAUGAGCUGGAGAAAAAACUUGAGGGUCAAGUCCCAGCCACUCACAAUGGAGAAGUGAUAACUAAGGAGCAGUAUGAAUCUCUUCAGCAUGUCAUGGAGUUACUGGAGGACAAAUAUACAAGUGCAAUGAGAGCUAAGGCAGAGCUCAUUGAUAGAAAUGAGCAGCUAGAGCAUUUAACUAUGCAACUAGAGGGAGAGACAGAGACUAUAGGUGAAUAUGUCAGUCUGUAUCAGCACCAGAGGGCAGCACUGAGACAGAAACAAGAGGAGAAGGAAGCUUAUAUACAAAGGUUAUCUCUAGACAGAGAAGAAAUGAGGAAUAAACUGGGAGAACUUCAAGCAUUGGUAGUCCAGCUGAUGCAGGAACGCAAUAUGUUACAGACUUACCACAGUGCCAACCAGACCCCCUCUCCACAAACUGGGCCACACACUGGGCCACAGGCCAAGACGAAAAAACACAUCAAUGGGACACUGGACAGCUCACAAUUAGAUGAUUGGCCUGAUUAUGGUAGCAGCAGUUCUGACAGUGAUGUUAGUGAAGUAGAAGCAGUUAUCGCAGGGUCACCAUCAUCAUCAAAAACUGAGUCAAAAUCGACACCUGCUGCCUCUUCUCCCAACCCUGCUGCUAAAAAUCCAGAGCAGCAGUCAACAUGGACACCACAAGACGAAACUGCUCAUAAAAUUAUGCACUUGCUGAAUGAACUUGGAAAUCCAAACAUGGUUCAGAAUGUUGCAUUUUCGGAGAGAAACUUCCACCCUUGCACGCAUUGUAAGGGAAGACUGCUUUCUUUGUAAUGAAGACUGUGAUUAACUUUUGAAAUUUAUUGAUUUCAUGAAGAACUGCCCUUGUCGUGCUGUGCUUGAAAUACACAGCCUCUAUUGUUGUCAGAGUUUUGGCAUGGUCGGGUGAGCUUGUACCUUUGGAAAGCUUUCUCUUUUGAGAUCAGUUGCUUGAUUAAAUGUUAACUGGUCAUCAAAUUAUGAUAGAACACGGACUGUGGUUUGUAUCAGUGGUGUAUGUGUAUUCAUUUUGUCCACCUCAAGUUUCAGAGAACUAAUGACUUUCCUUUAUUAUCAAUACAUGGCACUGUCAUUUCCAUUAUAACAGCAUAUGGACUGAAACAGAUUUGAUUCCAGUUAAUCCUGGAACUUGUCUGUUCUGUGGCGAAAUAUCUUUUAAUUACUAAGCAUUCACAGUGGCUGUGGGCAUUCAGACAACAUCAGAUUCUUUCAAGAUUAGGAUCUUUGUUAAGCGACCCACAAGAUUUCACUUUAUCCACUAAACUACUUUUUAAGAAAGAAACAAAUAGCUUGCUGCUUGGGAUAUGUUGUUUAAUAUGUUCUAAUAUCCACACAGUUUUUUUUCUAAAGGCCCUAGACAAGCCCCAUUCAUAUUUUGGCCAAUGAUAUGGGCCAGAUACUUGGAUGACAGUGUUAAAGAUUUCUAAGAUCACAUUGUGAGUGAGUAAUGGCUGAAAUACAUAGUAACCGUUGUAUUGUUGGCACACAACAAAUGUAUUUCUAUUAAUUAAACAGGACUACGAGUGGUCUUAUUGUAUAUAAAGGUGUAAAGAUUUCAGUUGGCAUUUGUAAAUAUGGAGAGUGUGUUAUUCAGAUGGUGCUAAUUGUGAUGUAAAGACACCAAGAGAGAGAAAAUGAAGGACAAC